AUGCCUCGCCCUCGCUCUCUCCGCUCCCAGGCGCUGUCCCCCAGGCGAGAGAACUCCCGGCCACCGUCUCCCACAUUCUCCGAGGCUACCAAUGCUUCCGUUCUCAAUUUCGGGCCCGAUGGUCCCUCGAAGAUUAUCACCAGAGCCCACCUGAAGAAUAGCAUUCAGGGAUAUGAAGAUUUGCUCACCAAGUGUGCGGCUUAUCGCUCUGCACUCAUGACGAUGUCUCGGGCGACGGCUGGGUUUGCGGAUGCCAUGGGUUCUUGUGCGGGGUUGAAGGGCCCCACGUACGAAUCCGGAACACGAAUGCAGGCCGCAUCGGGCUUGCACCAUCUCAUGAGCAACCACUUCCAUGUACUUGCGGAGACCCUCGACAAGCAAUUCGAGAAGCCACUGCGACAGCAUCUCGAGAAUUAUCGCUCUGUCGUCACUGAACGGUCAAACACGUAUGAGAGGGCGCUCCGUGAGAAGAGCAACAUCAUUCGGGAGACGGAGAUGGGAAAUCUCAAGAAGAAGGGCCGAAACCUGCAAACAUUCAGAGAAGCACUGACUAUCUUGCAGCGGCAAGUUGACGAGCUAGAUGAGCUCAAGGCUCAACAUUACGAGGAGAUCAUCGACCAUGAGGAAGAGGUCUGGGAUUUUGUGCAAGGCAAGGUCUGCCUGGCAGUUCGAUCUACUAUGGAUGUUUUCGACAGGCUGACGAGCAAAGCCUCCGAUCCUGUCAUUGAGCCAAUGCUACAAACCGUCCCGGACCCGUUCGAUUCCUACGGUCCUGCCCCAGCCGAAGACCAGAUUUUCACCAUCCUGCAACCUCUAUCUGUAAUUGCCAACGCCCCAUCGACUUCAUCAACGGCCAGUCCUCUGACUGCAUCCACGCCCGAUCUUGAGGGCAGUGAUGGUGGGCCAUCAAACAACAGCUCCUGGGCACCGACAACGGGCGGCUUCUUCCCCGAUGCCAGCGCUGCGUGGGCAGAUGUAGCGUCGCCAGCUACCUCACCACCGCGCUCCCGAACAAUAUCGACCCCUGUUUCCCCGGCACGCUCCGCCUCCCCUCAAGCCGUAGACGCGACUGUCGGCGCGUCACCACCAUCGCAUGGGCGGAGGCAUUCUUACCCUGCAGCCCCAUCUGCCUCGACCUCAGGCCGCAAGUCUGAGUCAAAGCUACGCAGUGUCCUCUCUGUAAUCGAUGAGAGCCACCCGCGGCCAAACGGCCAAGCAGAGGAACCGCCAGAUAUGGGGGAGGCUGACUUGCCCGGUAAUCGCCCUGCCUCUCCUACGCUCAACGGCAAGGGCAGGGCAGAUGCUGAUUCGCAAUGGGCUACGUUCAGCUUUCCUCAUGCAUACUCGGCCAGCACCAGUAGUGAUGUGACGCCGCGCAACUCGACGUUCAUCAGUGGUAUCUCACCGUCUGUAACGCCACAAGGCGGUGGGACGCCCCGCGUCGAACGGAGUCGAAGUCCACUAUCCGACGAUACCGCUAUACCCAUCACGACGUAA